CCCUCUGUCGCUCUCACACCCAGCCAUCUAUUUGCCACCUCCAGCUCGCCAAGUGAGAUUGAGUAGAGGUGCGAGCAAGGAUCCGGAGGCUAUAUCAAACUCAGCUUACCCGACCCAUGCAGCGUCCUGCACUGCAAUUGCUCCGACCCUGACUGCCCCCCUCACCACCCGUAGACCCUGCGUCAAAAGGUGCGUCUGAGCUUUCGUUGACAAUUGUCAGUCAGUCAGUGUGUGCCAGCUCCAACCAGCCGUCGCCGAGUCAGUCAGACAGCCAACAGCAACCCGCAGACCUCAGCGGCCAAGGGGGUCAAUCGCCGCCGAUCCGUAGUUCCUGAUCCCCUUACUCUGGCCCGAUUUUCUCACCUACAUAUCAGGUGCCCAUGUACGCGCACAUCGAAGAUACUUGGACGCCCACUAUACUGCUCGCUUCCCUUUGCUAGUCACUUGUCACUUCCACCAUUCGCGCGCCCGAACCACACCAAACUGCGCUAGGAAGCCGCGUCCCAUCAACUAAAAGAGACCCUGCGGGCACUGCCCCUCUUUAUCUUGCCAGCUAAGAAAUAAUCCGUCGUCGCAGCGAGCAUAUUUCUAUGUCCGCCGACCCUUCGUCUCUCCGACUCCGGUCAAUGUCCUCGGCCGCUCACUAUGGCUGAAUCUCGUGCUUCUGCCGGCCCGCGCGCUCUGGCGAAGAAGGUAAACCACCAUGUCAUGGCCGAGGAUCCAGAUAGGGUCAAUGAGCGCGAGUUCUACAGAUACUACCAUCCUUCCCAGCGUACCAAGGACUACACUCGCCAGCCGUCUCCUCCUCCCACGCCUGCCGUCCUCGAUACUCCAAACAUCAGCGAAGAUAUAGCCUUAUCCGCCUUCGCUCAGCUUGGUGCUUUGCGCUUGAAUGCUCGCCGCUGCCUGGUUUCCUUCUUUGAUCGUCAGAAUUGCUAUGUCCUUGCCGAAGCGACCAGGACAAUGUGCUUGAAAUCGGGUCAAGUCGAAUUGGCUCAGGAUAAUCUCUACUGGGGUACCGCCAUUUUCCGGAAAGAAAAAAGUAUCGAUUACAAUACUUUGAAGCUGCAGUUUGGUCCACCUGCUGGUCCAAUUGAUGAGUACAGUGCCGUGCCAUCGCUGGUGAUCAACGAUCUUUCCCAAGAUGAUCACUUCAAGAAUCACCCCAUCGUGACUGGUCCACCGCAAGCCCGAUUUUAUGCUGGAGUCCCAAUCCGAAGCCCCAGUGGCCACAGCAUCGGCACAUACAGUGUCAUUGACGACAAACCUCAUUCAGGAAUCUCCGACUUCGAAUUGCUUUUCCUCAAGGACAUGGCUACUACUAUCACACGCCACCUCCAGAUGUCGAGAGCUACGGAUGACCACUUGCGUGGGGGCAUCAUGGUGCGAAGUCUUGGUUCAUUUGCGGAAGGGAGGUCAAGCCUAGACGAAUGGUUAGAUUGGGAGGGCGAUCUCAGUGCAACCUCUGCGCCUGAUGACCCGGAACAACUGCAGCUGCGCCGCUCUCGUCGUCCAACUAUUUCCCAUGCGGACUCGAAUGGAUCCAGCAUCCCCAGCCUCAAAACUAUGAGCAACUUAUCCCCAAGCGUAACACCCAGUAGCACCGUUGACACGCCUAUCAUCGGCGCUGCCGACGAUAGCAAAACCGAAAUGACUACAAAGACUGCGUCGUCUACUAAUGGGCCAAAUGAAUCUGUGUCUCCGGAACUUAAGACCGUGUUCAGCCGAGCAGCACAAAUGAUCGUAGACGCUACUGAAGCUGCAGGCGCGGUUUUCUUCGACGCCAAAGUCAGUACUUGGGGCGGUCUGGUUGAUGACGACGUUCCCUCUGACCAGCCCCCCGAGCCUGAUAAAUCUUGCACCAUCCUCGGCGCGGCCCACUACAAGAGAGAACAGAACUUACCUUUAUCGCCCUACGGGUAUGACUUAUCUGAAAAUGAACUCAAGCACCUCUUACGCAACUACCCUCAUGGCCAGAUCUUUUCAAUAUCGGAAGAUGAAGCAGCCUUGCCUGUAAGUCCGCCGGAGGAGCUGGACAUCGACCCAUUCAGAAAAUCAGAAUCGAGGGGUUUUGAAGACGAGAGUAUCCUGAAAACUGUCUUCCCAAGUGCUCGAAGUCUCCUCCUAUAUCCUUUGUGGGAUUCACACCGCGGAAAGUGGUACUCUUGUUUGAUGGUAUACAGCGUGGACCCUUUCCGCGUAUUCACGAGCGAACAAGAACUUAGUUAUCUGGCUGCGUUUUCCAAUAGCGUCAUGGCUGAAGUGACCCGAUUAGAUACAAAGGUAGCAGACUCAGCCAAGGCCGACUUCAUUUCAUCCAUCAGCCAUGAGCUUAGAUCGCCGUUGCACGGUAUCUUGGGCAUGUCAGACCUUCUGAAAGAGACGCACAUAGACAGUCAACAAUCCAGUCACAUACAGACGAUCGAAACGUGCGGAAAGACUUUGCUGGAUACUAUCAAUCAUGUGCUCGACUACGCCAAAAUCAACAAUCUGACGCGCGGGUCAUCGAAGCGGCGCAAGCGCUCCAAAACGUCAAAACAAAUCAGCCCUGGACAGGGGCAUACCAACGACAUCAUGACGAUCAUCUCUGACGUUGACAUGGGCGUCUUGACAGAAGAGGCGUUGGACAGCGUGUUUGCUGGAUUCCGCUUCCAGCAAUCGGCGAACAUGGACAUGUCUAACAAAUCCAGCUGUCCACACGUCGCAGUCGUUGUAGACAUCAACAAAAGCAACUAUACCUUCCGUACCCAGCCCGGAGCAUGGCGCCGCGUAAUUAUGAAUCUCUUCGGAAAUGCGCUCAAGUACACGCCUGCUGGGUACAUCAAAAUCAAACUUCAUGUCGUUCCAAACGACGAUAUUGAUGACGAUUGUGCGGAACUGCGGCUCACUGUCACCGAUUCAGGCAUUGGCAUGUCUGAAGGUUACAUCAACAAUCGAAUUUUCCAUUCAUUUGCGCAGGAAAACCCUCUCAGCCAGGGGACUGGCCUAGGUCUGAGCAUUGUCAAGCAACUCGUAGAGCUUCUCGGGGGUGAUGUAGAGGUUCGAAGCGAAAGAGGACGCGGGACCAAGUUCACAGUCUGUUGUCCCAUGAAGCAGUCCAUGCUGUCCCCGACAGUCAACGCGACUGUAUCCGACCCAGCUUUGGCCCAUGUCAGCAAACGCACAAAGAAUUUGAAUGUGCACUUCAUCGGUUUCGAUGAUAACAACAAUGAGCUCGUAGACAAUUCCAAAAACAAAAACGCCACCCAGUUGACUAAGAAAGCGAUGGAAAGUAUGUGUGUCGAAUGGUUUCAUAUGCGAACUUGGACCUAUGGAGCUCCACAUGCGCCGGCGCCCGACCUUUACAUAGCGACCGAAGGCGGCGCACAACAUCUACGAACGCAUUUCAGUAUAAAUCCCGAGACGAGCCCGAUUGCUCCGCCAGUCGUCGUUGUGUGCCGUGGAGCUGCAUCUGCGCAAUCAACUACCGCUAUCACCGUUCCCGGUUUGAUUUUUGAAUGCACUGCUCAGCCUUGUGGGCCUCACAAGCUGGCAAAGGCCCUUGCGUCAUGUCUUGACCGUUAUGCGAAUCGCGUGAUGGUUGAAUCGACCGCAACAGAUUCUCCGAGUACCCUACCCUUAGCGGGCUCCUCGAACGUCCUCCAUGCCUCUCAAAACAGGCAGAACGAGAACCGCUUGCCCCCGAUACCAUCCAGAAUAUCUGCCUUGACAGUCCCACCCCGCCCGACCAUGACGCCUACUCUGAGUGCCCCAGAGAUUCGCUCUGUUGAGAAGACUCAGAGCUCUAUCCAGCCGCCAGAUCCCAUAUCAUCACUCAACUGCCUCCUGGUCGAUGAUAAUCCUAUCAAUCUGCGGCUCUUGAAGACUUUUGCACAAAAGCUAGGCCACCGUCAUUUGUUGGCGAAAACGGGUCUCGAAGCUUUCGAUACGUACAAAUUGAACCAUUCCGAACGUACGAGGGGAGGUAAUUCGUCACCUCUGACUCUGCCAAGCAUCGACGUUGUUCUCAUGGACAUCAAUAUGCCGGACAUGGAUGGUUUAGAGGCGACUCGUCAGAUCCGUGCAUUCGAGCGAGACAAUGGACUUUCUCCAACUACGGUGAUUGCUUUAACGGGUGUUGCGAGCACAGAUACGCAACAGGAAGCGCAUGCAAGUGGCGUCAAUCUUUUCCUAGUGAAGCCGGUGCGGUUGGCUGAGCUGGAUGUCAUCUUAAAGAGUGUGAUUAAAAGUCAUGAGCAGAACGAGGGUUCUGGGAAGACUGAAGAAGGUCAUGACGAUGCGGAGAAGAUUCAAGAAACCGGCAGCGGUGGUCUGUUGGCAGCGAAGCUGGAAAGUGGACACGUCCGGAGCAAGAGCGAAAUCUAG